AUGUACAACUGGAACCUCAUUCUUCAUAUAAGGUGUUUAAAAAGGGCUUAUUUGGAGACAGAUCUUGGAAAAAGAAGUCAAAUUCUUGAGUAUCAUCCAAAUGAUCAAGAUGAGGUAAGAAGAACUUACCUUAUGAAUAAGCCAUGUAAAAUUAAAUUAACUGAAUAUGAAUCCACAGAUAUUGGGGGAAGGGAAUGUUCCUUUCAAUAUAGUUGGCAUGAAGAAUAUGAUUGGUUGGAAUAUAGUGCAAACAAAUAUGUUGUUUUUUGUUUGUCUUGUUAUGUGUGCUACGAUGGUACUAGUAAUUUUGCAUUUGUGGUGGCUGGUUUUAAAGGUUGGAAUAUAAAGCAUAAGUUGAAUAAACAUGUUUCUGAGCAACUGAAUAGUCAUCAUAAAAAGUGUGUGAAAGCAUGUGAGGAUCUUAUGAAGAAAAAGCUGACUAUUGAGUUUUCGUAUGCAAAAUAUAGUUCAAAAAAAGAAGUAGAUUAUUUUGUUCGUUUAAAAGCAUCACUCGAGGUUGUCAAUUUGCAUGGUCAAUUUGGAGUGUCUCGUAUUGUUACUUUUUUACGGUCAUCUAACAAAAGACAAGCUCUACUUCAGAAUAAACAAGUUGCUCAUCUUGCAAAUCUAAUUGAAAAAGAAUUGGUGGAAACUGGUACUGAUUUAAAUCAAGAGUUGUCCAUUACAAGAGAUGGCGAUACAAGUUUGGGAUCUCACUUUCAAACUCUUAAUAGGUUGGUUGAUUUAUUUACUCCUAUUAUUGAAGUGUUCGAAGAUUUGAAAAGUGAUAGUCAUUUAGGGGUGAACAAAAAAGGAGGUCAACAUAUAGUGCAUGCCAUGGAACUUGUUCAAAUAUGCAAGAAAAAGUUGCAAGAAUUUAGAGAUGGUGGAUGGGAAACACUUUAUGAGCAAGUUGUGGCUUCUUGUGGUAAUGUUGAAAUCGAUGUGCCUGACAUUGAGUCUCGGUAUGUGAAAGAUAAGAAAUCCAAACGACUUGCUCCUUUUGUUACAAAUUUUCAUCAUUUUAAGACUGAUUGCUUCUUACAUGUCAUAAAUGUGGUAUUGAAAGAGUUGAAUGAUCGGUUUACACCUAAAAAUACUGAGUUGAUCAAUUGUGUUACUUACUUGAGUCUUUGUUAUUCAUUUGAAUCAUUUGACGUUAAAUCACUUGUGAGAUUGGCAAGAUUGUACCCAAAUGACUUUGAGGAUCUUACAGAUAAGGAAUUGUCUAGUGAGUUGGAGACUUAUAUGGAGAGUGUCAAGAUGGACGAUCACUUUUCCGAUUUGACUGGCAUCUCGGAACUUUAUAGGACUCUUGUUCGAACAAAGAAGCAUAAGACAUUUAGGUUUGUGUACACACUUGUCAAACUAGCUUUGUCCUUACCGGUGGCCACUGCAAGUGUUGAGCGAGUGUUCUCGGGGAUGAAAUAUGUUAAGAAUGAGUUGAGAAGUAAAAUGGCUAAUCCAUGGCUAAAAUGA